AUGCUGAAUAUAACAGACACAAAUCUUGCCUCUACAACCAACCAUGGUGACAAUGGCCUGAAUGGGGACCUCCAGAGAGCCAUGAGGGUCAUGGACAUUCACCUUCCCCACAAGGAGAGCGGUGGGGCUGAGAGCGUGACUUGCCUGCUCUGUGCUGCACUUCCGCCACCCGUCGCCAGCCACCGCUGCUGCCACCGAGCAACCCUGUCUGAGGAGAAGCCCAAGGAAGGCGUGAAGACUGAGAAUGACCGCAUCAACCUAAAGGUGGUGGGGCACGAUGGCUCAGUGGUGCAGUUCAAGAUCAAGAUGCAUACUCCAUUGAGCAAGCUGAUGAAAGCCUACUGUGAGAGGCAGGGCUUAUCAAUGAGACAGAUUAGAUUCAGGUUUGAUGGGCAACCCAUUAAUGAAACAGACACUCCAGCACAGCUGGAGAUGGAAGACGAGGACACCAUUGAUGGGUUCCAGCAGCGGACGGAGGUGCAGCCUCCAGAGGGGCCAUUCUGUGCCCUGCACUCGCUGUGGAAUGGUGAGCGAAUGACCAAGCUGAUCACAGGAGUAUGCAGGAGCCGAGGACAGUCACCAAACAACCGUUCCCUGUCAGGUGCACUUCCAGUGCAACACAAAACUGCCUCUACAGAGACAUCGACAGCUUAA